AUGGCCGGCAUCCUGACAUGGAAGAGCCGUUUCGGCGGAGUCUUCGGAAACAAACCCGACCAAGGAGAGAGGUCGGAAGACGAGAACGCCGGUCCACCAAAAUGGAGUAUGGGAGUUCUCAACGACCCAAAGACCAUCGAAGUGCCUGGUUCGGUGCUUCUCUUGGCUAGCAACCGUAACGAGCCCCUGGGCUUACGCAAUGCGCCCGCCAGGACGUCCCACUCGUCCAUCCCCACUGGUUUCCCGGAGCCGGCCGAGACGCCCUCCGGUCGCCGAUCUUCCGCCUACUCGGCCCCGCCCGCGGAAGCCGCCAAGACGACAAAAGACGGCAUCAUCCUCAACCCUCAACCUGAAGAGUCGGCCAACGACCCCUUGAACUGGCCCGCAUGGCGUCGUGAUUGCGCUUUGUUAUCGCUCGGCUUCUACUGCAUGGUCGGUGGCGGCAUGACUCCCAUCCUCGCAGCCGGCUUCACCAACGUUGCGCAGGACUAUCACAUCGAGACGGAGACAGUCUCCUUGACCACGGGCCUGUACAUGAUGGGUAUGGGUCUCGGCUCCGUCAUCUUCUCGCCAACCGCCAUCUUGUAUGGAAAGAGGCCCGUUUACUUGUUCAGCGCCGUCAUCUUCAUCCUCAGCUCCGUGUGGGCGGCCUUGUCCCCCAACUUCCCGUCCCUCAUCCUGGCCAGGAUAUUCCAGGGUAUUUCGGUCAGCCCCGUCGAGUGUCUUCCAUCGGCGACGAUUGCCGAGAUCUUCUUUCUUCACGAGAGAGCAUUCCGCAUCGGCAUCUACACAUUGCUACUUCUGGGAGGAAAGAACCUCAUCCCCCUCGUCAGCGCCGUCAUCAUUCAGGGCCUCAGUUGGCGAUGGGUGUUCUGGAUUGUUGCCAUGGUUGUCGCCCUCUGUGGCGUUCUGUUGUUUCUCUUCGUCCCGGAGACUUUUUGGGACCGAACUCCCAUCCCCAAGUCCAGGAAACCCUCGAGAAGACCUAGCUUCAGACAUCGCCAUUCCUCACGCAACGACGUUCCACAGGUAGCCAAGACCCCCAACGCCGAGACUCCCCACGCAGCAGCCGCCACCAGCCCCGCGCCUCUCUCCCCUCAGUCUCCGUCCCACCCCCACAAAGACCUCCACGUCGGCUUCGCACCGGACCCGACCACGGAACGCAGCACCUCCAAGGCCGACCCCGAAAAGAACCCCGAAAACACCGGCGGCAACACACCCGCAAUCUCCCCGUCUCCCAUCCCCGCACCCGAACCCCGCACCUCAGGCACAUCCACCUCGCCAGCCAACUCGGACUACUUCGCAAAGGCCCCCGCCCUCGAAAGCGAAAAGCUCCCUUCGGACCUCAACUCCCCACCAAAGGCUCUAGCCUACACCCACACCCUCCGCCACCAGCCCGCCCUCUCCUUCGGCGAGCAGCUCAAGCCCUGGAACGGCCGCCUCAACCACGACAAGUGGUUCAAGGUCAUGCUCCGCCCCUUCAUCCUCUUCGCCUACCCCGCCGUCCUCUGGUCCUCCGCCGUCUACGCCCUCUCCGUCGGCUGGCUCAUCGUCGUCUCCGAGUCCAUCGCCCUCAUCUACCGCAACCGCGACUCGUACAACUUCGACGCCCUCCAGACCGGCCUCGUCUACUUCUCCCCCUUCGUCGGCGGCAUCCUCGGCACCGCCGUCGCCGGCAAGGUCAGCGACAUCAUCGUCAAGGCCAUGGCCCGCCGCAACGGCGGCCUCUACGAACCCGAGUUCCGCCUCGUCAUGGCCGCCCCCGUCCUCGUCACCACCGUCAUCGGCCUCAUGGGCUUCGGCUGGUCCGCCGAGGAGCGCGACCACUGGAUCGUUCCCACCGUCUUCUUCGGCCUCAUCUCCUUCGGCUGCACCCUCGGCUCCACCACCUCCAUCACCUUCUGCGUCGACAGCUACCGUCAGUACGCCGGCGAGGCCCUCGUCACCCUCAACUUCAGCAAGAACAUCUUCCACGGCCUCGUCUUCAGCCUCUUCGUCACCCACUGGAUCACCUCCGACGGGCCGAAGAUGGUCUUCAUCUGGCUCGGCGUCAUCCAGCUCGUCUUCCUGCUGGCCACGAUACCCAUGUUCAUCUACGGCAAGCGCGCUCGCAUGUGGACCGUGAGGAAGAAUUUCAUGGAGAACUUUUAG